AUGUCGAGACCUAUCGCUACGUUCCUACCGACUAUACGUCGAUCAGUGUUUCCCACGCUGAAAAACAACAUCUCUCGACAGCCUAUUCGAUUCAAUACCACCUCCACAUCUUCCGCCACCACCACUUCACCUAAAUACACUACGAAAACCAACUAUCGCUCGAAUCUUUUCAAGCCCACGACACUGGUGUUGAUAUGUGUACCGAUAUUGACUGGGUUCCUGGGUGUAUGGCAAAUACAAAGAUUGAAAUGGAAGUUAGAUCUGAUAGAUGAAGUAGAUAGGAAUUUACAGAAAAGACCGAUGUUAUUACCUGAUAACAUAAAUUUAUCUGCUUUACCUGAAUUUGCAUUUCGAAGGGUAAUAUUAAGAGGUCAUUUCGAAGGACCACCUAUUUUAUUAGGACCUCAAACUAAAGAUGGUUUCCCAGGAUAUCAUUUGAUCUUACCAUUCGUUCGAGAAUCAGGAUCGACUAUCCUAGUCAACAGAGGAUACAUCACCACUACAAGAGCAACAGCUAUCAGAGAAGGUAAACAGGCUCCACCGGGAUUAUCGAUCGAUGGUAAAAGCGAUGGGAAACAGUACGAGAUCGAGGGAAUGUUGACCCGCCCCGGAGAGAAAACAGUCUGGACACCUGAUAACAACACAGACACUAACGAAUGGUUCUGGAAAGACAUAAACGGAAUGGCACAAUGGUUGGGUGAGAAUGGAAGAGAAGUUCAGCCUGUUUUAGUUGAUGCGAUAGAGGAACCCGAUGCUGCUCCUACCAUGUUGAUGAAUCAAGGUAUACCAGUUGGAAGACCACCUCAUGUUGAACUGAGGAAUCAACACGCUCAAUAUGCUGCGAUCUGGCUAUCGUUGUCGGCGUCCACAACAGUCAUGUUGGCGUAUGUCCUGACGAGGGGUAAAGGUGGAGCAAAGAGCAGAAGACCGAGGAUUUAG